CAAAAAAGAAGUGACUGGAAGUGACUGAAUUCUCUGUUUUGUGUGUUUUUAUUUAAACAGACUUCAUGGCCGGCACUGUGCGUUUUGCAGGCUGGCGCACUGUUGAAGAAGGCAAGAAACUUUCAGAGAAUGAGGAGCCGAAGCCAGGCAGAGUUUACACCAUGUAUCAUGGCACACAUGUCGACAACGCCGAAGUCAUCAUCAUCAACGGCUUCAAGCCGUCCACAAAGGGAAUGCUGGGCAAAGGCGUGUACGUCAGCCGUAACAUCGAGAAGGCCAAAUGCUACCCGCUCCGAACCGACAAGCGCGAUCAGGUCGUGUUCAAACUCAAAGUCAACGUCGGCAAAGUGAUCAAAAUUGACAUAGACAACCAUCCAUUGCGCACGACCUGGCACGACGACGUCUAUGACCACACACACGUGCCUCCAAACAGCAAUAUCUCUGUAAUCAAAUCUGGCCGAGAGGAGGACUGUGUUUGGGACCCGGACCGCAUCACUGUGAUCGAGUGUUGCGCGUGUGAGAGCGAACGGCGCAAGCUGCGUGAUCUCAUCCGCACACACACGCGCAACAACGAGUGUCCAUUAUGCCGCCAGAGCGCACCGACAUUACCACACGAGUUGCAUGAUUGCUGGGAAUGCGGGGGCAGAAUUUGUCCGUUUGAGAGAGAGCAUGUGUGUAUGACACAAGGGAACAGCCAGUUAUAGGAUAGUUCCCUACAUCCACCAUGUGGUGUGUUCAACUGUUGGCCCCCAGGAUUUGUAAACUACAUUUUGGCUACUACGACUUGUGGCUUAGGGGAUACCUCCAAGAUUACAUAUUUGUGUCUUUUUUAUUAAAUAGAAAGGUGCAUGAAAAUAUUUUAAAAAGUCAGGUUACAUUAAAAGUAAUUAAUACACUGUAACCCCUUUAAAGAUACCUCGUACCCAUGUUCCCAUGUGAUAUAAUAAGAGUAAAAAUGAUAAACACUA